CUCGCCUAGCUAGGCGGCUGCGCUGUGAACGUGGGCGAGACAGAUGCGUCAUUCGCAUGUGUGUUCUCAGCUUUUGUGGUGUACGAGACAUCGAGAGACUCUCCCGGAGCAUGCCAUUGGCCGGAAUCAGGAUGUUCUUAUAGAAAUAGGGGGUUGGGGAGAUAUGCCGGGCCAGCCUACAAAAAGGGGUCCGUCGUCGGCGUGGAUCAUGGAUGAUUCCUUCGAUAGACGGCAUUCGAAAUACUUGUCAAAUAUUCUCAAUCUCAGCCAAAAUGACGGAAUACAAGCUCAACAUCAAAAUCGACCAGCAUAUGGUCCAGAAGUUCAAGGCCGGCGGUCUUAGGUUAUGCCUUGGCUUCGGCUUCGACACGACUGCACGGCCUGGGUCUACCAAGUUCAAUGUCAUCGGGUACUCUUCAGUCUGCGCUCGAAACUUGACCGUGUCAUGGGUAGAUGACUACUCCAUUGCAGGAACAAUGAGCGCCUUCUCAAGCGGAGUGAAAUUUGACGUCGCAACAACUCAACAACCCAUUACAUUUGGCGAAUCCUGGACCCUCCCGCCAGACUGGACCGACGGCGUCACCACCAUGGACGCUGGACCCUCCCGCCAGACUGGACCGACGGCGUCACCACCAUGGACGAAACCGCCCCCGCCAACGGCUUCCUCUUCAAGAAUCUCGCUUCCUCCGCAUCGGCAGUCAUCUACAAGACCGUCAACGGCGUCGAGGCCCCCGUCCACGUCAGCCAGUUCGGCCCGCUCCCGCCCGGCUCCGAGACGCUGACACCUAAGCCGCUGGCGGCCGUGUGGUUCCAGCCGUCGGCGGAGACGGGCGCCAUGGUGGACAAGAUUCACGAUUCUUCGCUAAAGGUUCUUGAUUUCGAAGAUGUUACGUCGCACGAGAUUGAGUAUGGCCCUUCUGGGUCGUGGACUGUGGUUGAUUAGAGAGAGUGAUUAUCAACGGCCGAGAAGGGUGUUGAACACCAGACUGCAACUAGCGAUUCAAACAGAGCGUGCUUGAGAUGGGAUGCCAAUACCCCAAAUAAACAGACUUCAGAUGAACGUACUCAUUCUUGGCGUCCAAGAGUCUAUCGACUGUGGACAUGUAUACCAAAUUCCG